AUGCUGGUUUUAUGGUUGGUGCUGCUAGCACUCGGAUGUCCUGUCCGAGCUGGCAUAGUUGAGGAAUCGUCCUGGCGAACGGUUGAACGAGAGUUAACACCGGACGCGCUGCUCGUUCGGUUGGAUCGCUUGGUAAACGUUUGUGUGGCUAAUUACGAGGAUCUUACCACUGAUUUAUUGCUCGGCAUUGCGAUCGCCAAUGCACAAUUAAGGACCAUUCUCAAACAACCGCUUCAUGAGCCCCAGCGCCAGUUCGUGGAGUCCUUGGCGAAAAAGUGCGACUUUGUGGAAAGCCGCAUCGAGAGCAUCUUUAAUUUCCCGAGUGGAGCAAAUGCCGUCGUUUCAAAGCUACUCAUCGACUCCGAAUUUUGGCGACCGAAGGACGAAACUCGCACCGGAGCAUCUAAAGGACAACGGCAGCGACGUAAACGGCGACAGCUAGCGCUGGAAGAUCCUCAAACCCUGAUGGAGGGCUACCUGCAGGCGAUCGAAACCGGUGGUCCUAGCGAGCUGCAGUCAGACGAGUGUUUGUCGGAGCUGCUCGUAAACGAAUCGGAAAAUGAGUUCAACACCACGGGCAGCAUUGUGCCAGAUGCGGGCUCCAGUUUGUCGGUCAACACGGUUAAAAAAAGGUUAAUUCUAAGCCGCGAAUGUAGUGCGGCCAUGUCGCUUCGAAGACGCUCGUACGGGUACCAUCUGACCCACAAAUUACUCUUCUACAUCGUGCUCCAACGGCAGGGCUUUGCAAAUGUGGACCGCAACUUCGUCGCCGACGGCCAGCGUACUCUCUGCGGACAGAUACUACGCGAGGCGGACCUGAUCGCUGGUUUCGAUUUUCCCGACCUAUUCCGGGAUCUCUUCAUGGAGCAGGUGUUCCUGUGCGCGUUCAGUGACGCACCACUGCCUGAGUUCACCAAUCCGGCUUGGUUGGCAGCGAUCGCGAGCUGGCAGAAUGGCGAAGGUUGCUUCAAGUACUACGCCGAUGAGGGUGAUGGUGUGCUUGGCCCUAACGCACUAACCACCCACUGUUCGACGCAUAUGACCGGCGUGGGAGCGGCCCUUUUUGGGCUGUUCGCAAGGCUUCAGCUGGUGCCGGGUGUUUAA